GACCCGUUAUCUCAUCGCAUAAUUGAGAAGCGAAGACGGGAUCGGAUGAACAAUUGUUUAGCAGAUCUGAGUCGACUGAUCCCAACCUCUUAUCUCAAAAAGUCUUCAUCUCUUCAGGGCAGAGGACGGAUCGAGAAGACAGAGAUCAUUGAGAUGGCCAUCAAACACAUGAAGCACUUACAGACGCACAAGUACUGCACCGACGACUCCAAGUGCGAGCUCUCCAACGCUCCCAAUCUGGACGACGAGGAAAGGGUCAGACAAUACCGGUUGGGAUAUCAGGAGUGUCUGUCCGAAGCCAUACGCUUUCUCGUCGAAAUGGAGGGCCUCUUCACCGGUGAUGGUCUGUGCCGUCGAAUGAUGGACUAUCUUCACAGCCAUAUGUCUACACUUCAUAAAGUGAAUCAAACGGACAAAGAAUCGGAUGUGAAUCUGAUGUCGCAUUCAAUGAUAGGCAAACCGCGAUCGCCUUCAAUGUCAGAGUCGACCACUUCUGCCAACGAGAAGAUGGACAUCAAUGACAGCGAACUCAUUGACACCAAACCAUACCAUUCAAAGCCAAUAGUGACGAGUCAUUUGCGGGAAAUGCUUGAAAGCAGUUCCACAGCCAAGCGCUCCAAAUCGUCGCCGGAGAUGAGCCUCAGCUCACAUUCGCCGCCGGUUUCGCCAAACGGUUUCAAUCAAAACGCCGACCAAAACGUGUAUAACUUCAAGAAACAAAUCAAAGACAGAUUUCAGGCCAACCAGAAGGUGGUCGGACCGCCCAUGAAGUCGAUCUCACCGCUGAACACCGCCAUCGAUGACGAGCGUAUCUCCAACUCCAGUCUGUCUUCGCUGACCACUCAGGCCAGCGAUCAUCGGAGCGAUACAUCCGGCUAUUCAUCGCAUUCGUCGACUAAAUCGUUGCCGACCGGCGGCGCCCAGCCGUCAGUAGUUGUGCCCAUUUUUGCAUUGCAUCCGUCGGGCAAUUAUUAUCUCCCGCUUACAGUCGACGCCUCACUCAUUGGUCCCCAAAUGGCCGCCAAAGACACCGAAAUGAAUUCAUACCCAGUCUUACAUCCAAUCAAUAUAACGGUUAACUUUAGUUACAAAAUGCCACAAAUGGCAACUCCUUUGGACUACAGUCAGCCGCCUCUGUGGCCACCGCUGGCCGUUCACCCGAACUUCGGUUUGUCGGCUCAACACAUGACAAACGCGAUGACAAAUAAACUUCAUUAUAAUAACACUUCCCUUUCGGAAAGUAAUGUCAAACCAUUAGACGCUCUUUGGCUUAAUUCUUGUCCAAAGUUUGGCCGAAUGUCGGAUAAAAUUAAAUGAUUAUAUUUUAAUUGUUAUUAAUAUUAAUA